UACUACGCACCGAUAAAGAAACAUGGACGCUCUAAAACCUCAAAUUUAAUGCAACUCUCCCGUAGAAACGUAAUUGUAAUCUGCCUUUAUGAUAACAUGGAGUUAAGAGAGCGGUGGCAAAUUGCUCAUGAAAAUGGCUUUUGGGUUCGUUUAUUUGUCAGCCUGGUGCUGUGUUUGGAGCAUGUAUACUCUAUAAAGGUUAGUGCUUUGCAGGACGUAAGUGCAGUGAACGGGCAGGUGAUCACACUUUCCUGCUCCUUCUCUUCAACCAGCCAGACCACCAGCCUCAUAUCUGUUGACUGGUCUUUCAGACCGCAGAGUGGAGGCCCAGCCCAAAGUAUUUUCCAUUUCAUGUCAGUAGAAUACCCUCCAGAGGAUAAGCAGUUUAAGGGCCGUGUCAGAUGGAUGGGCCGUCUGGAAAGUGGGGACGCAUCGAUUCAGCUGCUCAAUGCAUCUCUCAGCGACAAUGGCACAUACACUUGUGCUGUCCGCAACCCCCCUGAUGUCCAUGGCCUUCCUGCUCAGACCCUCCUCACGGUCACUCCCAAGAGGACAGGCAUGCAUUUCUCAGAUGUGGCUGUGUUGCUGUUCUUUGUCCUCUUACCAUCUGGCUUGAUAGGAUUCGUGCUCUUAGCUCGAAUUCUCUGCCCCUGCUGCCCAGAGAAAAACUCACACCUCAGCCAACACUCACCUAUAGAGGUCGCCCAUGGGGAGAUGCAUUUCCAAAAGCAGCGCAAGCCUCCUGUCUGUUAUGAAUGCUACUAUCAGGACUCUGAUGAAGAGUUUGAGCUUGAGAAACAUCAGAUGACGUCAGUGUCUGAGUCCCAAUAUUAGCCACACCUGGAGCGCCAGCACUUCCUUCCUGUCACAUGAUAUUCUGGAGAGUGACUCACAGUAUCUGAGUCACAACAUUGACAUUGCAUGUACCGUGGACAGCCUGCAUGAAUACUUUGACUUGGCUGAUUUAGUUUGAGAGUGUUUUGUGAAGGGUUCAUAGGUCGACUGAUGUGAUCUAUACUUGUCUGGAGUUUGGACACCAACAGUCUGCUGGAUCUAGGUAUAGGUUUGCUUAUUCUUGCUUUUAAUACAUGUAGUUCUGAUCAUCUUGAAGAGAUAUACCAGCUUUACACCUUCUGCUGUGGGGAAUUCAUUUUAGGUUUAGACUGACUGGUAGACAUGCAUGAUUUUGGCUUUGUGUGUGACCAUGGGCCAUUUUCGCAGAUUCAGAUUAGGUUUAGUCCAGGAAUAAUUGCCCCUUUGGUAAUUUCCUGUUUAAAAUGUCAAAAUGCUGUGUCUGACUUACACUAUUGAUGCUGUUAGUUUCUGCUUCUUAUACAGAGAGAUGGAAUCCUUGGUGCUCUGACUCCCAGAUGUUUAAUGCGAUUUGUGGGCUAAUAGGAUAUUUUAGUCAAGAAAUGCUAAUAUGGCUAGUGGUAGACAAACAGCUUGUUUAAAAUAGUUAGCAUUUAAUUUGCAUAAUACUUAGUUAGCAUUUAGUUUGCAUAAUACUACCUGGCUCGUACUACUCACAAUGUGAAUGUGUUGGGGAGAAGUAGUACCUUAAUGCAUUUCCAUGAAUAUUUUCCCACAGUUUAGUUGCAGCCCUAAUCAGACACAUGCUGUCCAGCCAUACAAAGGUUACAAGGUUUACAAGGUAUCAUUAGAUUAGGGUUGGAUCUAAACUCUAGAGCAAGGUAGGCAGUUAUAUCUCCAAAAAAGGCCGGUUUCUGCUUCAGCUAAGCAGGCACAUACCAGAUUCCAUUAAAUGUAGAAGUCAAAUUAGCAGUGUUUCAUUGGUCUGUAUAAUUAACACGAUUGUGUCAUGGUCAUAGAACUUGUGUAUUCUUUCUAUAUCAUGGAUUCCAAAUUCUUCUUCAGUUUGUGCAUCCAUUAACGUAAUAAUUUUUUGUAGUGUUUAAGUUAUUUCAGUUCAUUUCCUGUUGUAAAAAAAAAUGAUUUAUAUUUAUUCCGUAUUUCAUUUUCUGUACUACAUUAAUC